AAAGUACGUAGAAAAGCGAUUUUAUAAUUUGUAGAUACCUAGUUUCUAUUGUCUAUUAUUGUCUGAUAGCAAUGCCACUUAAAGGUUUAUUAUUGAGAUAUUAUGAGUAAUAUAACGACUAAAAAGCUUGAAAAUACGAUUAUAAACUGCUCCACAGCACUGUUUCAAGUUACAUGUCAAGUGCCUUUGUACUAAACGUAGUACAGCAGCACUUAACAUGUUAUAACUUGAAACACUUUUUAAAAAUUUAGUUUGUCUAAGUGUGUUACAAAUAAAUAGUAUAUUAUUGAGUAAAAACUAAAUCUUUUUAACAUUCAAUGGUCAUUCUUUUACAAAGUGAUAAAUACGUACUCACCGACAUAUAUCGAAAAAUAACUGGCACAAAAUGCUCACUACUCUCAGACUAUUUAGUGAUUGCCAUCUAGGGAUGAACAAAACCUUUAUUUAAGUGAUCUAAUUAGUGUUUUGGAAAUUCAAAGAAGACGACCUAGAAAAGAAGAACCUGGAGCUAAGUUACAUAAAGCAAAUUACGCUUACAUAGUGAGAGUUGUAGACGAAACCCAGCAGCUUGUUGUGCCAGUGUGCCUUAGCAUUUAUUGCAAUACAAAGAGAAACAAGACAAAGAAUAUGUACAAUAAAAAAAUCGUUACUCACAACAGGUAAAGCUCGAACUGAUGUGAGAGGGAAACAUUGCAACCACCCUCAAAAACUUAGUCUAAUGCAUAAAUCUAAGGUCAUGGAUAACAUAAGGUCAUUGCGUGGAAGAAAAAGUCAUUACAGCUUACAUGACAGCUCAAAAAUUUAUCUACCAGAGGAGUUGAGUGUCAAGAAAAUGUAUGAUAUGUUCGAAGACAAAAAUCAACUAUCCUACGAAUCAUAUCGAUCUAUAUUCGUUAAUCAUUUCAACAUAGGAUUUGGAGAUCCCAAAAUUGAUACCUGCACUAUUUGUGAUGAAUUUCUGACUAAGGCAGAAUCUCUCACAGUAAAUCGAAAGAAUGCUUCCGAGCUCGAAAGCGGUGACAUUGAAAAAUAAAUAAAGAAGUUAGAAACUGAGAAUAAGUUACAUAAAUUGAAGGCUAAUGUUUUCUAUAAACGAAAAAGACAAACUAGAAUUCGAUGACAGUCUCCUUCUCGAAAGGAAGCUUCUGCAAUGGACUUUCAAAAAAUAUAAGUAAGCCAAACAUUACCACAAAUAACGUUAAUUAAAAAAGACAACUAACCCUAAAUCUUUUUAACAUCCAUGAACUAUCUACAUCCAAACUAUAUUUCUUCUGCUACCCAGAAAUUAUAGCAAAAAAAUGAUCUGACGAAGUGUGUUCAUUUCUCCGUCACUAUUUAUUUAACAUACUGGAUAAUAAUACUCGAGAACUAGUGAUAUUUUGUGAUUCCUGCGGUGGAAAAAUAAGAAUUAUACUGUGUUUCGUUUAAUACACUAUGUUGUACACUGUGCAAAAUGCUUGGAUGUGAUUAAAAUCAUAUUUCCCAUUCUCGGGCACUCAUAUUUAGAAUUUGACAGAAAUAUGGGUUGCAUAAACAAGAAAUCACCUUGUGAAACGCCUGAUGUGUGGGUAAAAGUGAUUCGUGAAGCUAGUCAGAAGCCAUGCCCUUUUCAUGUGAUUGAAGUUGAUCAACCGCUUGUCAGAAAAUUGACAACUUUUCUAUC